AUGGCCUGUCCUUCCAGCCUUUUGAGUAGCUUCUUUCGACCAUCCGACAGUCCCUACCGACGGCAGAAUGAGCAAUACUUGUUCAAAUUUUUCGUGGAGGUCGCGGGAGCUUCAGUCGCGAGAAGCAACAUCAGCGCCUACUAUUGGCUUGGGGCCUUCCCUCAAAUCGCCUACGAAACCCAGUCCGUAAGAGAUUGCCUUCUUGCGGUGGCUGCCGCCUUCCACCAAGCCUCUGGUAGCAUAUUCGUUGACCAUGCCCAACCGGGUGUCUCGACCCUUGUAUACGAGGGGCGUGCUAUGAGAUCUCUCAGCCGGGGAAGCCCCUCCACCUACGAAGUCCUGAACACUUCGAUGGCAUUCUGGGUAACAUCAAUGGUUAUUGGCAACUGGGGUGCCAGCUUGCAGCACCUCUACUACUGUCUCAAGAUCAUCAGCGGCUUGAAAGAUCCGUCCGGCUACGAUAAGAUGCAGUUGCAAUAUCAGGGGGCUCUCGCGAAGAUUGGUCUCGCAUAUUUUCGCAUCACCCGUGGGCCGUGCCAGAAGCAUGGCCCGGGUGACUUUCUCGCAUGCGACGCUGAAUGCUUCGAACCGGAGGAAAAGCCUUUCGAGCACCGUGUGGCGGAUGCUCUCCAUCACAUGAAGGCCGCCUUCCCAUCCUUUGAGCUCUGCCUGGACUUGCUUCGCAAUCGAAUGGAGCCACACACUUACCAAGCAGAGCUGGAAGCAAUGCUUGAAAAAGAAAUUCGUGAGCUGAAGUUUCUAAUUGCAGCUUGGUCCGACACGGUGCGCGUUCAUGUACUCCAACAUGUCUGGGAAGAAGCUCUGUUGCAAACACCAUACACGGCUUCCCCAUUCGAGUCUGUUCUCGCAGACCUUAUUCGUUUCAUUGUCAAUGACCAGUACAGCACGGGCUUAGUCUUCCAGGAGUUGGAGCUGCGGACUCGUGUGACGAUCCCCCAUAUCGUGGCAUCCACAGCUCGCGGUAACGGCCUGAUCGUGAAGGACAGUCUCGUUCUGAUGCUGUACGGUGGCUAUUCCGAAGGCCUCCUCAAAGUCAGAGGUAAAUUCGAGGGCGAGCACAUCAAGCGAUUGAUGGAGCACAUGAAAUGA